ACUAAUUUGGUGUUUUUAUUUUUAUUCAAGAUGAGAUAUUGUUGUUUUAUCAUCAUUAUUUAAUCUACAAAUAAGAGAGGUGAAGUAUUUUGUUAAGCCCGCGGCCUCUGUUGUUUACUAACGUGGAGGCGUCCUGGCGAGAGGAAAUCCUUACUCCGAGACUCCAGUUCCAGUCCCCUAAGGCAGACUUCCCACCCGUGCUGCCUUUCCUGUGGCGCUGAGCCGGGCAGAGCGCAGCGGCACCAGCAUGUCCCAACCCGUGCAGCAGGUGGUGGGGGGCCAGAUGGUGCAGGUGCAGGGCCAGGUGGUCUCCGGCACCCAGGUGGUCAACAGUGCCGGCCAGGUGGUAAUGUCAACAGCAGCAGGCUUGACAGGACUGAGCGGACAACAGUUGGUGACCCAGUUGGUGCCCAGCCAGGGUAUGCAGGGCCAGGUGGUUCACCAGACGGCCACCCCAAUUGGUGUGACCACGACCCUUGCCUCGGCCAUAUCCCAAGGACAGGUGGUGGUGAGCGGACAGACCGUUCAACAGGUGGUAUCAGGACAGCAGAUUCAGACCAUGGCCAGCGCUCAGCAGACACAGCAGGUGGUGGCCGCUCAACCUAGUCUGGUCACUGUCCCCGCUGCCACUGCCACCACACAGGUCAAGCCGCCAACCCCUCUCAACCAGGCUGUUCCCGCCCCUCCCUCCUCAACCAAUGCUUCUGCUGACACCACUGCUCCUGUGCUCAACAAACAGAGGAUCACUGAGCUGGUGAGGGAAGUGGACCCGACAGAGCAGCUGGAGGAGGAGGUGGAGGAAAUGCUUCUCUCAAUCGCAGACGACUUCAUCGAGUCUACUGUCAACGCAGCGUGUCGCCUCGCCAAACACCGAGGCGCUCGCUCCCUCGACGUAAAGGAUGUCCAGAUGUACCUUGAGCGCAACUGGCACAUGUGGCUUCCAGGGUUCGGCACUGAUGAACUCCGGCCCUACAAGAGAGCGCCAACCACAGAAGCCCACAAGCAACGUCUGGCACUUAUCAGGAAGGCCAUCAAAAAGUACUGAUUCGAUAGUUAAGCUGCAUCCCACCAAGCCUUUCUGGCCCAACACAGUUCCUAUGCUGCAUGUAGGUUGUCCAGGGUUAUAUAUACAAAGGCCUGCAGUGUAGAUGUCAGUGGUAAGUUCUCCUCCACAUUGGACUAGAGAAAGCUUAAAGUAUUCUGUAUUCAUUUUUUGUCUUAAUCUUUGCUUUUUCUUCCCCUCUCGAAGCAUAUCAGGAAGGAUAGUGUUUUACCGUGAAUAUUUUGUCUUGAAAGUUUAUUGGUUGCUUUUAGGAUCGGAUUUUAUUUGCAUGCAUCGCCGAUUAUUUCCCGUCAUCUGCCAGAGUAAGUUCCGUAGCUGAAGCCAUUUAUCCAGUGAGUAGUGUUCCCCUAUGCAAUAGAGUGAGCUUCAGCUUGGACUUCAAAAUUGCCUCAUAGUAGUGAUUGGUGCCCUGGAAGGCUGCUGGGAUUUGUCAUGGGAUUUUAUUUUUUUUCCUUUGAAAGAAUUUAGAGUAACGUGAGUUAUGGCUCUGAUGGGAGACAUGACGACAACACAGGUGGACAGGCUGAGUGAUGGUGUGCUGGAGCGUCACCAUUGUCUGUGUACAUGUGACAGGAGGCAGCAUGUUUGUGUCCUCAGGGUUCAGAGCUCCCUAGGUUGGCAGAGAGUCUUUAGGCUCAGCAUCUGCAUGACCUCUGUGGCUCACUAAGGAAGGCAAAGGCGCUGAAGGUUAGGGACAGUAAAGUAUUGAAUAGCAUCUGUAGGAAGGUGCGUAGGUCAUGUAGUGUCAAGUAUUUCACAAAAUAUUCCAUAAGAAUUUUUAUAAAAGUUGUGAUUCAGAGUUUGUAUAAAUUGUUUAGUAUUAAGGAAGAUGAGUGACGUUGAAAUCUCGACCUGUGUGAGGAAGUGUCAGGAGUUGUUGAUGCCUUCCCGGGCUGCAGACAGUGAUGUGUGUUGUAAUAAAAAGGACUAAGGAAAAA